UCGAGACUUCUACUUCCGGUUACAGCAGACAGCACACGGCAUGCUUGUCACCUUUCGUCUCUAAUAACGCUUUCAGUUCCCCCUUGAAUCAAUCACAACGCGACAGAAUUUCACAUCCAUGUAAUCUGGAAUAACCAAUUUAGACAGCGGUACUGCGAUUAUAUUCAGCUUGACAGAUAGGAAUGGCGACUCCGCUGAAAACAUUGCGAUAUGCUUCGUGUUUGAUGAAGUGCAUGAAAAGUACCAGGCGAACGUUUUAUGGUUGUACAGAGGUCCACUCUCAGGGGAGAAAGUAUGCAAUGACUUUGUGUCUGCUCCGUGAGAAUAUGUUCUGUGUUAUGCAUCCUGUAUUUUUUAGGAAUCUUUCCAUACGUGCUUGUGAGCAUUAUCAUCCAGGACAGAGGGCGAGGGUUAGGACUGUAGGAGACAUUUGUAGAAACUGGGCACAGAUUUUAAAAAAAAGUGGAGUGCCAGAACCUAGAGCCAGUGUGGAGUAUUUGGUAGCAUUCGUCGUUCGGGGAAAAAACGCUGUACAAUGUACCAAAAACAAGAAAGUUAACAAGCCAGCAAGUACAGCAAGUCAAUGAGAUGUGCAAAAAAAGACUCCAACAUAUGCCAGUGCAGUACAUCCUGGGAGAGUGGGAUUUCAGAGACCUGGUUCUCGUUCUUCGGCCUCCUGUCUUCAUUCCUACUCCUGAGACAGAGGAACUUGUAGGACAUGCAGCAGACAGCAUUGAAAAGAAAAACCUGCAGAAAGGAAGGUUCCUGGAAGUUGGUUGUGGUUCAGGAGCAAUAACUCUGUCAUUGCUGCAAAAGUUUCCUCAGAUGAGAGCUGUGUGUCUCGACAUUUCGAGUGAUGCCUGUCACCUGACUCAAGAAAAUGCAGAGCGCCUUAGCUUAGCAGACAGAUUGGAAGUGUAUCAAGCUGAUGUAUGCUUGGACAAAGAUUUGCAUGAACUUAAACAACAAGACAGAUUUGAUUUUAUUGUUAGCAACCCCCCUUAUAUUUCCAGUGAAGAAAUUCCUGGCCUGGAGAAGCAGAUAAUAGAAUAUGAGGAUCUUCGUGCACUUGAUGGCGGACCAGAUGGCCUCAGGGUUGUGAAAUCUAUCCUCAGUCUUUCUUCUACUCUUCUGAGGCCAUUUGGUGAGGUGUGGCUAGAGGUGGAUGUUUCUCAGCCUGUUUUAAUCCAGCAGUAUGUACAAGAGAAAACAAAUUUGGGGCUUACCUAUGUGGCUACCUUUCAGGAUUAUUUGGGCAGCAAUCGUUUCUGCCUCAUGAGACAAGCUAGACAAGAGGACAAAGAAGGCAGUGCAUUCUAGUCAUUGCCACAAUGCACUUCAGCAUGGAAAUGUAUCUGUCCACAAAAGUUUGAUGCUGUCAUCCCUCAGCAAAAUAAAAGAUAGCAUCAUGUGCAGAGUGAAUGCUUUCACGGUCAUUUUAUGUUAUUCUCUUGGUAAUAUCAGAAAUGGCAGCAAUUUUGAUGUUUGCUGCCAUUAUGAGAAAAUUGUUUAGAAAACAUGCAAUUUGAUCCUUCCAAGUUUUCUCCUUUGUCCAGUUAGAAUGGUGUGACACAGCUGCUGUAAAAUGUGAAGUACGGUUACUGCUGGGUGCACCAAGUUUAUGGUGUUUGAGAAUGUAGCUGUGGCAUAGUUUUACCAAGGUUUGAAUGGAAGUGGUUUGUGAGGGUGGUCUCACCUUAGUAAAGGAACUGCUGUGAGAGGAUGGGGGAGUUGGUGAUUCAGCAUCAACUAAGGCUAUAUCUGCCAAACAUAAAGGAAAGGAAACCUCCAGUGGGUCUGAGACAAGAUCUGACCCAAGGACAGCCAAGCCUCAGUGUAUUGACGAGAGGCGUUAACGGUUAUGCACUGAGCUGCCCUGAGAGGAUAUCACAAUACUUAAAAUGUGCACGGACAAUAAAAUUUGUUAGGAAAUAUGACAGCCUCGUGAAUAAAUAGAACAUGUUGAAUGGUACAGAUGCA